AUGGCUUAUCCCGUGGAUUCGGCUAUUUCAACAGCACCUCGGGAUGUCGAGUCGGUAGCACUGUUGAAGCAUACGUUGCUCUGGCGUCGGCCGGACUUUGAGGAACAGCCCGAAGAGAAAGAGGCGGCAGCUAGAGCCGUGACGCAAGUGACACCCAGGGGUGCAAGCGUCUUGCCUGUUGUGGCGGGCAGAAGCUACAGCGACGAACAGUUCCCUGCACACUACGAUGCGACGGACAUUUUUGCUAGGUGCCAUAGCGAGAGCAGUCGGAGUUCGCUGCGUCGAAGCUUCUAUUCGCAGCCUUCAGACGAGUUCGAGGACCCAGAAGAGCCGGAACAGAGAUCUGGCAUGGAUGCUGCAGCAUCAGACACGACGGCUGAGUGGCCACCUGCGAAGACACCGAGCAGUUUGAGCAGUGUUGCAGAGAAUGUCUCUGAGACGGCACCUUUAGGUGGUGUGUUGGACUAUGCUGGCGGUGGCGCACAUGUGGACCGUGCGAAUCACUCGGCAGUGGCGGUAAUACGUCAUGGCGAGCGACAGGACUCAGUCUUCUCCUCUGCAUGGCACGGCACGGAUGAUUGUCAAAAGCAUCCCUUUGACUGCCCAAUCAGCGACAAUGCUGUUCUGGAUGCGAGGCAUGCGGCGCGCCAGCUGCGGAAUUUCGCAGAUUUCGGCGUGAUCGUGGCUUCGCCUUACCUGCGCUGCGUGCAAACCGCGAUAGCGCUGGCGGACGAGUUGGAUCUGAUGGUACUUUUGGACAACGAGCUCGGAGAAGUCUUUGGCCCUCCUGUCUUCGGGGAUGUGGACCCUGUGGAAAGGUUCGUCGCCGGCCGUGCCUGGCGAUCUCGGCAGGAGCUUUAUGCCGCCGUGAAGGACUGGCGCCCAAAGCUUCUCCAGGGCUUUUCCAAAGAGCCGGUCGAACGAGUUUGCUGGAAGAAGAUCUUGGGCCGCCCACCCACAUGGGGUGAAGAGAUGCAAGAUGCUCAUCGCCGCUACGCGAGGAGAUUUUUGACCUACUUGAGCCGGGGUCGGCGAGCCCAGAAGAACAUGAUCCUGGUAUCCCACGGCAUCAUGGUGCAGACCUGCCUGAAGGUGCUGCCGAGCACUUCCGGGCGGGGUGUGGCAUCCAUCCCUUACUGCGGCGGGCUGAUGGCGAAUCUAUGCCAGAUCUCGAAGCAGGUGGCUGGCACUGAAAUCGACGACGACGCAGCCCACUUUGUUGCGGAAUCCAGCUCGCCGAAGAAUCCGGUGCCAGCGGGGGAUUGGCCUGAAAGGGCCACUGAGAGGACCAGGUCAGCAAACGAAAAUAUCGAACAAGCGCAGCUUCACGGAUGGGACGUUCAGCCACUGGGGGUGUCUUUCGAGUCCAAUGACGACACACCAAAGACGAAUGCGAGCUCAGCGAAGCGAUACCAAGAUCUACUUGCAAGGUUAAAAGCUGGCAGCUUUUCUUGGGCUCAGCUGCAGCUGCUGCUUGGACAGCUGCCAGCCGAGCUGCCGGCGCAAGCCUUCCAGCAAGCCGGCCUCGCCGACUUCAGCGACACUGCCACGCAGAUCUCCAUGGAACUCUUUAGGAGCCCACCGACGUUUGUUCCUUUGUCUGCACUCGAGGAGGCGAAGGAGGAGUUGCAAUGCCGCGCUGAGUCAGACAGCAAGAAACCCAGCAUUCCGCAACUGAGCCUGAAGGGCAAUCGCUUGAUGGGAAGGAGGCUCAACCAAUGA